AUAUCUGGGCCACGCGGGCUGCCCACUGCUGACACACGACACAAACCUUCACCCGUACUUUAUAAUAAACCCCGCCUGUCCAUCCAAGACUCCGUCCCACCCGUUGGCUUCCGGACAAGACCCUUCCUGUUUCUUAAGUAAUCAUCACUGCCGGCGCUUCCGAUUUUUCUUUGUUCGAGGCCGCACUUUCACCGACACCUUAUUGCUACCACAACAAUGGUUUCUGAACAAAGGUCGACAGACGCCCUGAGGGCGGCGCCCUCUCCUGCUGAGGUCUCUCGCCCUACCACUGCAGACAGAAUAGAAACUACGCCAGUACCAACCGUUCAGAUCGAUGGUGUAAGCGACGACAAGGAACAAGCAUCAGACAUGACCGCUGCCAAUAAUACAACAAGCCUCAACCCAAGCGCACAGCCAAGUCGCGCCCCAUCGCCAAACCGACACGCUCUCUUCCCCCACACCCAAGUCACAUACGAUGACCCCGAGUUUACACGUCCGCCACCGCUCAACUACACGCUGCGAACUCGCAAGAAGGCCAUUUUCUGGUUCUGGACCCUCAUCAUUCUCGAUUGUGUCUGCAUGCCUAUCGGCCUCUACUUUGGCAUGUGGUACGGCCUCACUCGCGACCAAUUGUCCGCCAAUGCAGUCUUCAGUAUCAGCACCGCCUUGCUGGGAACUGUGUCAAUUGUUGAGUAUUUCAUCCGCUUCCAUAGACUGUGGAAGAAGGAUUCCAGCUGCCGCGUCAUCGGAGCCGAGAGAUGGUAUCUCGACUGGUUUCACUGGAAUUUGUCGGUUGGAUGGUUUUUUGUCAUGAUUGAGCUGAUUGCCGGCACAUGUCCUCACGACCCACCCAUCCGAGUCCUCGCCAUGCCAGCCCCAACUAUGAUGUUUGCAAUUGGCGUUGAACUCCUCCUUGUCGACAUUCUACGCAUUAUGAAUGUCCCUGCUCCUUGCCGUAUCUCUUCCCUGCCACAAGGUGCCCCUCUCCGUCCCGGCAUCUACGCCUACAUCGAGGACAUCUGCGCAGUGGACGGAUCUGGCGGCACCGAGUUCCGUCAGCGAUUGAACCUCCGAUACCAGGCCAGCAAGGCGUUUCGUGAGAUGCUCCACCGCUUGACGCUCUUCUGGGCCAUUGGCGCCAUUGUCACGUCUGUCGUCUGUACAGCCAUCAUCUUCACCAUCCAACGUGACAUUGCUUACGUGGUCGGCUGGGUCGUACCAUUCCUCUGGGCAGGUAUCUGGGCCGCCAUUACCAUCAAAUGGGUCCAAUACGAACUCAAGCGCGAAUACGAACAGUGGACCACGGCUCAAUACAAGCUCUAGAGAGGGGUUUUUCUCUUUUCGAACACCCCCUUUUUUUGUUGUUCGACUAAUCAAAGGAAAAGAAUUGUGUGUAUUACUAGAAUCAGAAGAUUGGUGUUUUUUUUUUCACAUGAGUA